CCUUUCUUCUUCCGGUUGUGGGAGAUGUUGACGUAACAAAAACCAUGACGAAGCAUGAAUGAUGUAAUAUAUAUAGAAACCAUGUUAAUUAUGCUGAGGUGUCAGGUUAAAAGGGCGAGAAAAGCUUUUGGACUGCACUGAUGUUUGAAGUUGCACUGAUGUUUGAACUGGAAAAACAUGGCAUUUGGUGUGCUUUUUUUUUCUUGUUAGGUACUCUUCAAGUGAUAAAUGGUACAUACUUAAUAGCUUCAUUUGAUCAAAACAAUAUUCGCGGUUAUGUCAGGUUUACUGAAGAUGCAAGUGAGAAUGUGACAGUUAAAGUCAACUUAACUUUGUCUACAUUUGUCGAUGUGUCUUGGAAGAUAAAGCAAUACCCUGCGAUUUAUCCAAAAUGUCAACAAACUGGGAAUAUUGUUUACAAUCUUAAUGAUAGUCUUGGCUACAUCAGCAAUACACAAUACAAAAAUGUAAAUUUAAGCUUAGGAGGGUCUAGUUCCAUCCUUGGUCAUACUUUGGUACUUUACCAUAAGAAUACCAGCAUAUUGGCUUGUGCCUCUAUUCUACCACCUCCAAAUGCAACAAUGUAUGCAAAAGCAGUGUUAUCUAAUAGCAUGAUUGCUGGCAGCUUUGAAUUUCUUCAAAAUGGCGACAAAGAUACAAUGAUUUUUGGCCAAGUGAGUUUAUCUGAUGGGUCAAAUUCUUCCUCGGUAGGUCAUGGGUGGGCAAUAUUUUCAACAAACAUGAUGAAUAGUGAUUGUUCUGGAACUGUUUUUAACCCAACAAAUCAAAGUGGGAUUUGUACAAAAAAGCAAGAAAGUACCUGUCCUGUGGGAGGUUUGACAGCAAAAUUUGGCUCACUGACUGUUGGUACUGCUGGAAGCUCGAUUUUUCAUGGAGUAGACAGAAGUUUAAGUCUGCACGGUGAUAAUAAUGUAAUGUCAAGAAUGUUAGUUGUUUAUCAGAAGGGAAGCAUGGAGAAACUUGGAUGUGGUAUGAUUCGAAAAGCUGGCCCCUUAUCUGUCCAAUCAAAAUUUACAUCCUCUAUCCACAAAGGUAUAUCAGGAACUAUUUCUUUUUUACAACACUCUCCUUAUCACCAGACGAAAUUGGAUGUCAGUUUAAAAGGUUUGGGUAAGCGAGCUGGAGGGUAUCAUGUACAUGUUUUUCCAAUAUCAAGUUCGUCGAAACCGUGUGCUCCUGCCAGUGCUGGCGGACAUCUAAACCCAUAUGGCAUUAUACCAAAGAAUAGUCCAAAACCUAAUAAAGGUUCUGUUGAUAAGUACGAAAUUGGCGAUUUGAGUGGAAAGUUUGGUUUUCUUGCUGAUAAAGAUGUCUACCAGCUGUCAGUGAUGGAUUCAAACCUCCCGUUGUAUGGCUUUGAUACCUCGUUUGGUCGAUCAUUGGUUAUUCACCGUGAUGACAAUACGUCAUCGAGAUUUGUCUGUUCGGAUAUAGAAGUUGACAAUCCAAAGGGAUACCUAUCUUCAGUUGUCAAUUACACUAAAAACAGUGCGUCAGUACUUGAUGGUGUUGUAACACUUCGACAAUACAUACAAGCAAAUAAUGUUUUUACUCCUACCGCCAUUGUUGCCAACCUGCACUAUAGAAACAACUCUAGCAAAAAGACUUACCAACACAAUUUUCAUGUUCACAUCUCACCAAUCAGUAGCAAGGAGACAGGUGUAUGUGCUAGUGCUCAGGGACAUUACAAUCCUACAAAUGUCAACGUUAAAGCUAAUUAUUCAUCCCAAUGCAGCAGGCAUCACCCUUACCGGUGCGAAGUAGGUGAUACCAGUGCAAAAGUUGGUCAAUAUAAUAUUGGAAGUGGGAAAGCGUUUUAUGCUGAUGUAGACACACCCAUGUUUGGCCAUCAUUCAGUUCUCGGUCGCUCGCUUGUGUUCCAUCAUGAAAACAAAGGCGCACCACGACUGGCGUGUGCUGACACUGUACCCGACCCCGCAAGUGAUGUUGUGAAAAUUUCAUUCAGUGUCAACAAUAAAACUAUGUAUAAAAAUUCUUUGAUGAAAACCAUGCUAUCUAAAAUUUUGUAUGGUAGCCAGGCGUCCCUUGAGAGUUGGAAAAUAUCUUAUUUGACGAUGUCUGUUAGCAGUGAAAAUGAAGAUUGUAUUGAUGCUACUGUUUCUGUACUUGAUAAGAACGGAGAGCAUAUAAAAGAUAUUAUGAAGAAAGCGAUGGAUAGUCGUCAUCCAAGUCAUGUGAAAGAAUUUACAGAAAAAUGCGAGAAGAAGAAAGCGCCUUCAUCUACGAUCUCUGUGUCGUCAUCUCAGUGGUUGACAGUCGUUUUCUUUAUCGUGACGUUGUUGUUUUAACAAUCUCUUCAGAUAAAUCAGGUCGCGUCAAGUAUACGUGGAAAUACGUCGGAUUGGUUGAUUUAUUGAGAUGAAGAAAAUUUUGUUAUACUAUUUAAAGGAUCCACAUAAUAUCACUGUAUAUAUUUGAUAAAAUAGUGAAUUUUUUUAUACUUGAUUGACCAAUAUUAGUUUGAAGAUGUUUCACAUUGCAGCAAUAUAUUAAAGAUAAUUGAUAAAUACUGCAGGAUAUUGCCACAAUAUAUGGAUGUGACUGGUCAAUAGAUGAUUACCCAAUCUCACACACCCUUACAGUGAGUUCAAGUGUUUUAUUUCGUUAACGAAAUAAUCUCAUUGUACAAUUUUGUAAAUUCUUAUCGCACAUGUAAUGAUACGAUUUAUUUUUGUACUAUAUUAUGUUAACUAUUGAUUUUGUAAACACUUUGUAGAGGUUGCUCGCGACGCAAUUUAAAAAACUAUACCUGCAACGUAUUAAUAAUAACGUUUAAAUCGUGGGCACCAUUUUGCUAAUUUUGAGCAAAAUCGUAAAAUUAAGUACACAGGAAAAAUUAACACUAUCUUUCGAUUGAAGAAAACAAAACGCGUUAAUAAGUUGACGUUAUUCAUUUUACGAAAACAAUACACGCGAAACGCAUAAUAUUUACCCGUACGAUUUACGUAGAUGAUGUUAAUUUUGUAAUAAGAAUUAAUGUUUGCAUUAAUUCCGAAAUUGUAAAGUUUCAUUUUUUCUUUAUUUUUUUUUACAUAAUUAAUUACGAAAGGUUAUUUUCAGACUA